UCUCGUGAAAAUGUGCGUGCGCUGGUGUGUGAGACGAACUGUGCUGGAAGGUGUGGAACAGUUUUAUGGCGAGAGAGGUGGCAUCAAGAAGGAGAAGUGUAAGUGAAGAAAAGGAAGAAUAUCUCCAUCCUGAUUGGAGACUGACAAGCUUCAGAUGAUGUUGCUGAGCCUUCUUUCUGGUUUGAUCAUGGGAGCGACUGUCCUCUUUGUUCUUUACCGCUGGGUGAUCCCCAUGGCUGUGCAGUAUCAUGGAGGACUGGCACUACUGUGGCAUGAUGUCAUCGUGGAGCGUGCACUGGACACCUUGACCCGGACUUCACGUCCUCAACGUAUUCUGAAGGCAGUGCAGACGAAAGCCACUGUAGGAGACCCCCAGAGUGUGAUCACAGCCAUCGACCACUUCUGCAGACAUAGAGAAUGGGCCAUGAAUGUGGGGGAUGAGAAAGGCUCCAUUCUGGACUCGGUGGUCAAUGAAGUGAGUCCAGUCACUGUCUUGGAGUUAGGCACUUACUGUGGCUACUCAACAGUACGCAUAGCCCGCCUAUUACCCCCUGGAGCCUGUGUCAUUACCUUGGAGUUCAACCCAGAUUAUGCUGCCAUUGCUCGUCAAGUCAUCAAAUGGUCAGGACUGGAAGAUAAGGUGCAGCUAGUGGAGGGAGCCUCAGGAGACUGGAUCCCUUGGAUGAAGGAGCAUUUCGGGGUCCAGGCGUUUGACUUAGUUUUCCUGGACCACUGGAAAGAGCGCUACCUUCCUGACACAAAACUGCUGGAGGAGUGUGGUCUCAUACAGAAAGGCACAGUGCUGCUGGCAGACAAUGUAAUCUGUCCAGGAACCCCUGACUAUCUGGAGUAUGUCCGCAACAGCCCUCACUACAACAGCCAGUACUACAGAUCCCACCUGGAGUACACUAAAGCAGAGGACGGCUUGGAGAAGUCUGUGUUCUUAGGGUACUAGCCAAACAUUGAACCUCUUGUUUUAAAACACUGUAACUCUCUUUGUAAUGUAUUUUUUUGUUUGUUUCAAUUUAAGCGCUGCCUUACAUCUGAGUUAUGACAUACUGUAACUUACUGUGCUAAGCAUUUCUUGCCCUGUAUAUUUAUCUAGAGUAAACCAAUAUGUCUUUGAAAAGUA